AACAAUGGAUUUCAUUCUUAUUUUCACGAAUACGUACGCUGCAACUAAACAAUUUUGAAGUGAGCAAAGCUUUCGCUUUAAAUAGAGAAAGAGCAAAAUAUGUUCCGUAUUUUUACGAAGUAGCGAUUUUAGUAACGUAAUCAUAUUACAGUAAUAUUUUAUAAGUAAAGGACAGGGUCAGAUAACUGUAUCCGAAGGUGCUGAAGAAGGUAAAGUACGGGGGAAUGUGCGAAAAGCAAACAGUAGCAAGCUGGAAGAAUUUUAGUCAACCGCACAACGGCAUAGGCGACAGUAUAACGAGAUGAGACUGAUAGUUCUUAUUUUUUAUUCCAUCCUGAUUACGGUCGAAUCGUCGAAAUGUCCAGAAUCGAGAAAACCUCAUCCCACCAGUUGCACUGUAUUUUAUAAUUGCGUGAAUCUACCUGAUGGCGGUUACGUUUGGGUGCCCAAUAAAUGUACCGAGGGCUUGAUAUUUCAGCCGUACUUAAGAAUGUGCGUUUUACCGGGUGAUUCCUGGACGUGCGAUACGCUAUCAAUGGAGUCGUCGAUCAUUACGAAGAGGUACGAUAUUCCUGAUUUGAUCGACCCGAAUGAAACUAGUUACUUGGGAUCAACAGAAGAUCCUGUAGAUUUUUCUGAACAUAUCGAUUCGUCAGAUACUACUGAUAGCAUUCCCAACGAUUCAAAUGAAGACAUGGCAACUCCAUAUCCGUUGAUCGAGAUUCCAGAAAUGGAAGAUAAAUACGAAUUAAAUGAUAAUAAUUGUUCGACGAAUGAUAUCCGAAAAGAUAAUUUACAAAUGAAUGUUAAUAAGAAACAGUACUCAAUGUUAAAUCAAUUGAUACGUCAUCUACUAAUUUACAAAGAAAUUACUAUUCCUUUAGAAUUCUUGGCGUCGUCGUCGUUACCUACGCCAUCGAAACCUGUUUCGAAUUUACCGUUGUCUAGUUAUCUUAUACAAAAUUACAUUCAGCAAAAUAAUAAUUUGCAAAACACUAUUAUAACUGGAACGAAAUUGCAAAAUGAAACCGAAGGAAGUACAGUAAAUGAAAACGAUAAGAAGAAUUCAUUAUCAGUUAUAAAAGGCGAUACGUCAAUGUCUAAUAAUUUACAAACUGAGGACACUAUAAUUAUGAUUACCGACAACGUGGGACACAAGCAAUACUUAACUAAAGAAAAAUACAAAUUAUUGGGCUACAAUUUGGACCCGGAAUACGUCCACAUUAUUCCGUGCACGAAAAAUGUUCGAAUGCCAAAUAUGACGGAUUGUGUUAAGUAUUAUGUAUGCGAACCGGAAAUGGCUUUGGUGAUCGAAUACUCGUGUCCUUUGUUCACUGCAUUUAACAAACACGCGAGGACGUGCGAUAUAGAAACUUAUGGUAAAUGCAAAGAAGACAGAAACAUCAAAGAGACAAUAGAUGCUCCUAUUAAUAUUUUUCAAACGAACGUACCGAAUAAAGAAAUAUGCAUGGAACAUGGGAAAAUGAAAGAUCCUACGUCUGAAUCGCGAUACUACAUUUGUUACAAUUCGCCAGAUGAUUCACAGAAUAUUAAAGCUAUCCGAAUGACAUGCCCUAACGACCUAAUAUUUUGUCAGAUUAAGAAAGUGUGUACGAUCCGACGUCUCUGUAAAACAUGAAAAAAUCU